CAAGAGUUAGUCCCAACAAUCCACCAAGCCCUUAUGUCCAAAUCUACAUUAUUUUACAUUUCUAUAGAUGCCUGUGUAGCCUCACUGGAAUUAUUGAGAGAAGAGAACAAGAAGCAACAGGCAUUAAUUCAAUAGCCUGACAAUGACUGAAUAUUGUACUUCUUCACCUUGACCAGCCUAAUUUCCCUACUUGGGAUAAUAAAGUUGACAUUAACCUACAGCCUGGAUGUGUCUAGUGAUAGUCACUCAGGGAGACUUGCAGAAAGAGGCAAUGACGACACUGUGGUGAGCAAAGUUUAAUAUGCCCUCACUCUACAUGUGUUCUAGUUGCUCCUAUAAAAUAUUCAUGCGCAGCCCUCACUCAGAACACUGCAAAGACCUCUACAGACAACAUCUGUCUUUGGAAAUGUGUGCCACAACGCUAUGCUACUGCAGGGAAGGGUUUUGUCUUUUUGUGAUAGGAAUCUAAUUUUCUUUUCACUGAGACAUUUAAUAAUAAUAAUUUAACACUUGGAAGAACCUCAAUAAUCUGUAUAUUUGUUUAGAAAAGUGAUGGCUGAUAACAACUCAUCGGCUGGUGGUGGGGUCUCACUGAAGCAGAUCAAUGACAAAGUCAUUAUUGUGCAGAUCCUGGUGAUGAUAUUUCUUUGCAUCAACUUUUUGCUCAUUGUAACCUUUUUCAGGAAGGAGUGCUUCUACACAACUGCACGCUACAUCUUAUUUGCUGUUACACUUCUGUCUGAUAGCUUUAUAUUGCUCACGUCUAAUAUUCUGCUAAUAAUGAACCACUUUAAUUUUACUAUACAAGUUUGGUUAUGCAUCAUUAUCUCUGUUGUGGUACUUCUGUAUGUAAUAGUCACACCAGUUACUCUGACAGCAAUGACUCUGGAGCGCUUUGUGGCCAUUUGCAUGCCCCUGCGGCAUGCAGAGCUGUGCUCCACUCGCAGCACUAUACAUUGCAUCCUCAUCAUUCACGGCCUCAGCUCUGUACCCUGCAUUGUUAUUCUCUCUGCCUUCUUUGCAUCAGCAUCUCUUAGCGUGUACAAACAAUAUAAGGUAUGUUCUGUGGAGAUGUUCAUGUUGUACAGGUGGCACGAUCAUCUUAGGUCAGCUGUUAGUCAGUUUUACUUCUUGAUCAUGUGUAUCAUCAUUGUAUUCUCGUAUGUUAAAAUAAUGAAAGUGGCCAAAGCUGCAUCAGGAGAGAAUAAAAAGUCAACGUGGAAAGGGCUGAGAACAGUAAUUCUUCAUGGUUUCCAGCUGCUCCUCUGUCUCAUCCAGCUGUGGUGCCCAUUAAUAGAAGCUGCUGUGUUUCAAAUUGAUUUAAUGUUAUUUAUUAAUGUCAGGUAUGCUACCUACAUAUUGUUUAGUGUUACUCCAAGAUGUCUGAGUCCUCUUAUUUAUGGCCUCAGGGAUGAAACUUUUUUUAAUGCACUGAAAAACUAUGUCUUCUUUGGCUUGUAGAAAAUAAAUAUUUGACAUGGUACAUUAAUAAUUUUCUAGCACAGAAACUAAACAAUGCACUAAUUAAAUCAACUGAAUAUGUAUGCAAUUCACUUUUACUUAAUUCUAGUUUAUUGUUAUAAGCCUGACUAUUACUGCAUUGUUAUUUAACUUAUUAUGUAACUUUUCUACCUUAAAAUAACAGUUUCAUAAUCAUUUCGACGCUACACUGACUUGUCCCAGUCUUCAGCCUGGACUGAGAGCUCAAAGCAUAUUUGGUGGUGUAUUUACACGGCAAGCAAAGGAGCUUCAGACCAACAGGAGAAGAAGGUUUUCAGGCCCACGGCCAGCGAAAGCCAGUGGGGAAAGCUGACACAGAGCGGAGCUCAUGUUAUGCCAGAACCAGAGCUGAAGAAGAAGCCACAGGACAAGAGUAAAUCUUUGUCGUUGGUGAGAGCUUUGUGAAUUAAAAGGUUGCAGACAGAUGCCGAGCUGGCUUUCUUGUUGUCAGUAAUAUUAGCUUGUUAUGUCUUGUGUUGUUGCAAUUGCUCGAUGUUUUGCUAUGUUAGCAAAGACUCGCUAGUUUUUGGCCAUAAAUCAUGCAAUCAUAAACAAUGCACGUGUACAGCUGUCCAUAUUUACGUCAGAGGUAUCAGACAAUAUUGCUAAAAUCCCCAAUCUUAUAUAAUGUUUCUUUACAUUACAGUUUAAGCUCAACACUGUUUGUAUUGUUGCAUCAUUGUGCAUUUGAGGUGCCCAUGUUUUUAGUUUUUUUUCUGCCUUUCAUGUUAAAUUCUAUUAAAUAUUGAUUAAAGGUCCUUGUUGCAUCCAAACCUAGCAACAAAUAUGACACACAGAGUGCUUGGACUGUAUUAACAAUAAACAACUGCUGUGUUAUAUAUUGUGUUAAUAUUAAAGUUGUAAAGCUAUAUAAGCAUUUUACAUACUUUGAUUUUGACUGUAAUGUUUGUUUAGAGGAAAAUAAAUUAUACAGAAAAGAA